CUUCAAUCCGAUUUUAUUUUUAUUUACUCGAAACAGUAAAAGCUAGAGAGCUUUCUCCAGUAAUCCACAGCCACACACAUUUUAUCCACACCCCCUUAUCCCCCAACUCAGUGAAAGAAACAAAAAAAAAAGUUUCAAUCUUUCAAACAUUUCGAAACUUUGACAAAGAAACAGAGACUAUCAUGCUUCUCAGAGGCCCAAUCUCCACUCCUCCACCUUCUCUCCGGAUAAGGUCCACCUUGAACCCACAAAACGCAGCCGCACAGCCAUCACAAGCGUCGUUUCCAGCGGCGAAGCAAAGCUACUCAAUCACCGACGAGGAUCUCCAGUCCAAAGGCUUUCUCCUCCGCCGCACUCCCGAAGGCCUAAACCUGGACCACCUCAACUCCGUCUUCGUGGCGGUGGGGUUCCCGCGGCGGGACACGGCGAAGAUAGAGGUGGCGCUGCGGCACACGGACGCGAUGCUGUGGGUGGAGAACGAGAAGACGCGGCGGCCGGUGGCGUUCGCGAGGGCGACGGGAGACGGAGUGUUCAACGCGAUCAUAUGGGACGUGGUGGUUGACCCGACGUUCCAGAGCUUGGGGCUCGGGAAGGCGGUGAUGGAGCGGCUGAUCGAGGAUUUGCGGAGGAAAGGGAUCUGCAACAUCGCUCUGUAUUCGGAGCCUCGGGUUCUCGGGUUUUACCGCCCGCUCGGGUUUGUUUCCGACCCGGAUGGGAUCCGAGGAAUGGUGUUCGUUCGCAAACAGAGAAACAAGAAGUGAAAUGAAUAAACUUUAUUUCGAUUUAACA